AUGCUGGAGCAGGUUCUGUCGUUCAGCCGCUCCCUGGUGCGCAGGAAAGUGGUCGACAUGAGCAGCCUGGAGGACUCGAAGCUGUGCCGCUGCCUGGGAACCGCCGACCUCAUCGCCCUGGGGGUUGGCAGCACUCUGGGCGCCGGCGUCUACGUCCUGGCCGGCGAGGUGGCCAAGGGAGACUCAGGCCCCAGCAUAGUCAUCUCCUUCCUAAUUGCUGCCCUGGCCUCCGUCAUGGCCGGACUCUGCUACGCUGAGUUUGGCGCGCGCGUCCCCAAGACCGGCUCUGCUUACCUUUAUAGCUAUGUGACGGUGGGAGAGAUCUGGGCCUUCAUCACCGGUUGGAACCUCAUUCUCUCCUACGUGAUAGGUACCUCCUCAGUCGCCAGGGCUUGGAGUGGCACAUUUGAUGACAUGAUAGGAGGGCACAUAGAGGCGUUCUGUAAGACCUACUUCAGCAUGAACUCUCCCGGUCUGGCUCAGUACCCUGACUUCUUUGCAGUGUGCCUGAUACUGCUGCUUUCUGGACUCCUGUCGUUUGGCGUGAAGGAGUCGGCCUGGGUCAAUAAAGUCUUCACUUCAAUCAACGUGCUCGUACUCUUGUUCGUCAUCAUCUCCGGCUUCGUCAAAGGAGACAUGCACAACUGGAAGAUAACUGAAGAAUCCCUUAUAAAUGUCACCAUAGUUACAAGGAACUUGUCGGUGACGGCCAACGUGAGCAGCGACUACGGAGUCGGAGGAUUUAUGCCCUUCGGCUUCAGCGGCACCUUGGCCGGAGCUGCCACGUGCUUUUACGCUUUUGUUGGAUUCGACUGCAUUGCCACGACAGGCGAGGAGGUGAGGAACCCCCAGAGAGCCAUUCCCAUCGGCAUCGUGGUGUCACUGAGCGUGUGUUUCCUGGCGUACUUUGGCGUGUCCGCCGCGCUCACACUGAUGAUGCCCUACUACCUGCUGGACGAGAAGAGCCCUCUGCCCAUGGCCUUUGAAUACGUGGGCUGGAGCCCGGCCAAAUACGUGGUCGCUGCAGGGUCACUGUGUGCCCUCUCCACCAGUCUGCUGGGCUCCAUUUUCCCCAUGCCUCGUGUAAUCUAUGCUAUGGCACAGGAUGGGGUGCUUUUCAAAGUCUUAGCCCGAAUCAAUCCAAAGACGAAGACCCCACUUAUUGCCACUAUGACCUCCGGUGUAGUAGCAGCCAUCAUGGCUUUCCUGUUUGACCUCAAAGCGCUGGUUGACAUGAUGUCCAUUGGGACCCUGCUGGCCUACUCGCUGGUUGCCGCGUGUGUGCUGAUUCUCAGGUACCAGCCAGAUGGAAACAUGGAGCGACGGGCUGGGCCCGGUGAGAGGGACUACCUGUCCUCUGAGGUGGGGGAGUCUGACCUGACGGAGUCCGAGUCCCACCUGAACAUGCUGAACGGCGGCAGCUCCACCCUGCAGGCUGUCCUGCACCCUCCCACCUCACCCUCCGAGCAUUCCUCCAGUGUGGUCAACAUGACCAUCUGUGUGCUCGUGCUGGUAGUGUGCGUGGUCAGCUACCUCACAACGUACCACAUCUACUCCAUCCUGUACAUGGAAGUGUGGAUCCUGGCGCUCCUGACCGUGUGCCUCCUCAUCUUCAGUGGCUGCGUCUUCAUGGUCUGCAGGCAGCCUCAGACCACCAAGAAGGUCUCCUUCAUGGUUCCCCUUCUGCCUUUUCUGCCAAUUCUGAGCAUAUUCGUCAAUAUUUACCUCAUGGUUCAGCUGAGUGGAGAUACCUGGAUACGUUUCUCUGUGUGGAUGGCCGUGGGUUUCCUGAUCUACUUCGGCUACGGCAUUUGGCACAGCGAGGAGCGCCAGCGCAAACUCCGCGGCCCGGUCAAGAGCAGCGGCACCCGGGAACAUGGUAAGACCGGCGGAGAGAAGCCGGCCGGCACGGGUGCAACAGGAAAAGACCAAGAGGGUUUCAUCUGCCCGGAAAAGACCAGCCGGUGUUAAAGGGACUCUGUGAGGCGACAGAUGCAUGAAAGCACACAGCAGCUCUGCCUUGAUGCACCUGUUCACACGGGCAGCGUCAGAACUCUGGACCGGCGGCCUCACGGUGGGGUC